GAGGAGCAUCAAAGCUUCAGGAAGAAGUGAAAUCUGCAGAGACAGAGUUUAUUGAAGAACAGAGAGAACAUGAGAGAUCCAGAACCCUGCAGAAUGAAACACACUGAAGAACAAACAGAGUUGAUUGAAGAAAACGAGGAGCAUGAAGAACUGAAUAAAGAGGAGGACAAACAUGUCAAAACUGGAGAAAACUUUUUGAGUCGCUCUCAAACCAAACAGAAAGAUUUAAAGAAGAGAAGAGACAAGAAAUCUUUCACCUGCACUCAGUGUGGAAAGAGUUUGAGAAGCAAACCUGGUCUUGAGAUUCACAUGAGGAUCCACACUGGAGAGAAACCUUACAGAUGUGAUCGGUGUGGGAAGAGUUUUACAGCAUCAUCAAACCUUAAGAUGCACAUGAACAUCCACACUGGAGAGAAACCUUAUGAAUGUGAUCAAUGUGGAAAAACAUUUUUGACGGCUUCAAGCCUGAAGGAGCACCUGAGAGUUCAUUCAAAGGAGAAACCACAUUCAUGUUCUUUAUGUGGAAAGAGGUUUUCACAUCUGCAGAAUUUAAAAGUACAUCAGAAGAUACACAGUGAUGUGAGAGAAUAUAUGUGUUUUGAGUGUGAGAAGACUUUUAUUAGAGCUGAACAUUUGAAACAGCAUGAGAUGAUCCACACUGGAGAGAAACCUUACAAGUGUUCACACUGUGACAAGAGAUUUAGUCGGUUAGGACACCUGACAAAACAUGAGAUGAUCCACACUGGAGAGAAACCUUACAAGUGUUCACACUGUGACGAGAGAUUCAGUCAGUCAGGAUCCCUGAAAUCACAUGAGAGGAUCCACUCUAGAGAGAAACCUUACAAGUGUUCACACUGUGACAAGAGAUUCAGUCAGUCAGCAUCUCUGAAAUCACAUGAGAGGAUCCACACUGGAGAGAAACCUUACAAGUGUUCACACUGUGACAAGAGAUUCAGUCAGUUAGGAUAUCUGGAAACACAUGAGAGGAUCCACACUGGAGAGAAACCUUACAAGUGUUCACACUGUGACAAGAGAUUCAGUCAGUCAGCACAUCUGAAAUCACAUGAGAGGAUCCACACUGGAGAGAAACCGUAUCACUGCACUGUAUGUGGGAAGAGUUUCAGUCAAUCAUCUAAUCUACUCGUGCAUAGCAAAAACAUUCACAGUCAGUAGUAGGGGAUGCACAGACUAAUCGACUACUCGACAUCAAUGCUCUGCCAUGACACUUUAAGUUGACUAGUCGCUGGUCCUAUAGGCGGUUUUCAUGGACGCGUCAUCAAUCCAGAAGUCGGCCAUGUUGGAGGCACUGAACAUAAACAAUGCCACUGAACGAACUUGCAAAUUUGACUGAUUAUUGCUGAUUAAAGAGGGCGUUUGUGGUAGAGAGAGGUACUGUUAUAGAACAUGUGUAAAUGAAGAGUCGACUAUGGCUUAAAUGUUGACUUAGUUAACUAUGGCUACAUUCACACUGUUAGUCCAAAUACGAUUAUCUUUGCAUCCGAUUGGAAUCUGAUCUAAAAUAAUGAUGUCCACACUGUAUAUCGCAACUGUUCGGAUCUGAUUUGUGUGUCCAUGCAGCU